UCCUCGAAUAUUAUAAUGGAACAAAUAUUUGCACCAGAAUAUUUUGAUAUUAUUUUUAGAUUUCUUCCGACUAAUAAAGAUUUGCAUUCUUGUCUGUUGGUUAAUAAACAUUCGGCUACUUGCGCCGUUCCAAUUUUAUGGGAAGCUCCCUUUAAAAUUAAGGACAAGUGUAUUCCAUCUCCCAAA